AUGGAACAGGCAAUCAAAGUUGUGGACAAGGCAAUAUUGGAUUCAAAAGUUGCCCAGUGUCAAUUAGCUGCCUUUUUACAACAAAGUAACACGCAAAAAAAACCCGUUGCCCAUACAACGACAUCAAAUAACUUGAGAACUAAUUCUUUUGGAUCAAUACCAACAUUGAACAAGUCAUGCCAACAAGAAAACCAUUAUAAAAGUUUGCAAGGAUUAAAAGUUUAUGAACAAAAUAAUAGACACAGUUUUUCACAACCGAAUGAAGCUAUGCUAAAAGUAAUUAACAUGGUUACACCUAUUCAAAAUAACGAACUAGUCCAAUUUUUGGAAAAUUCUCAAACGAACAGCCGACGAAUGACUUUACCUUCUCAUUAUUAUUUAAACAGAAAAAAUUUACAAACUGAAAAUAAUGUAGCAUAUUUCACCGUUGGUAAUGUUGACAAUAAAAAAAUAACUGAGAAAAAAGUUCUAAACUGGGAAAACGAUUCUGAUACUAUAAAGAGAAGUUUGUAUAAAAGUAAUGUCCUCAGUCUUCCAGAUAUAUCAUUUGUAAAUAAAUUAAAAACAAACGUUUUGCCAAAGUCUGAAGCUAUCAUUAUUAGUCAAAAAAUCAGAGAUGAUAGAAGGCGCAUGAAAGAUCUUGAACAAAAAUUAAGAAAAAAAGCUAUAAUCAUUAAAUUUGGAGAAAUUACAUUAAUUUUUACAACGUCAAAGUUCAUCUUGACAAAGUCAAUAUUUCCCUAUAUAUACAACAAGGAGCACUGA